AGGCGGAAGCCGUGUAGUCCUCACAUACGAUUAUCAAUUCUCAGUCACAGACGCGAAGUUUGGAGCUUUUUCUUUCUCUCCUUGUCGUACCAGGAAUCAGAUGGAUUUGCCUAUAAAACCUAUUUCUAUUGAAUUUGUUUUCGAUCUAACUCUUCUGUUGUCGAGAGAUUUCUACUCCACAGCUUCUGCUCUUCACAGGAACUCAAUUACGUAGUUUCGGCCUUGUUUCUAACAGAUACAACAAAGAUGGGUAAACGUAGUAGUCGUGGUAAGAAUGCUUCGAUGUUUGACAGUGAAGAUGAUGAUUCUGCUAGUUCCUCAUCGCUAGCCAUGUCAGACCUGACGGUUUCGGAGAAUGAAGAUUUGGACAGUAAAGCGCAAGGUGGUGGCACCAAAGUAUUAGAUGAAAGUGUAGAUGCUUUAUAUGAAAAGAGGGGAUCCACAAGAGAGAAUGCCUUGUCUGUGAUUGUUGAAGCUUUUACCAACAAGCUACAGUAUCAAUUUGUGGAGAAAAAUUGUGUUACUCUACUUCAUCCUUGCAUCAAUUCCAUCAAAAAGGGAUCAAGCAAAGAGAUAUCUUUAGCUUCACAUGCCAUUGGAUUGCUGGCUCUGACGGUUGGUUGCGGGGAUAGUGCGGCUGAAAUUUUGGAAGAGUCAAUUCCUUGUCUUUCUCAAGCUCUAAAAUCUGGUUCCGAAUCAACUAAGAUGUCAUCUGUAUUGGACUGUUUAGCUAUUAUCACUUUUGUUGGUGGAGAUGACCCUGAAUUGACUGAAAGAUCAAUGCAAAUUAUGUGGCAGAUAAUUCAUCCAAAGUCAGGUCCCAAUGUGAGUGCAAGUAAGACUACACCUGCUGUGUUGACAGCUGCAAUAUCUGCUUGGUCAUUUCUUCUUACAACCGUGAAAGAAUGCAAUUUAAAUUCUAAGAAUUGGCAAGACUCAAUUUCUUACUUUUCGAGUCUACUGGACAAAGAUGAUCGAUCUGUUCGCAUUGCGGCUGGUGAAGCAUUAGCUCUUAUUUUUGAGAUAGGACAAAUAGAUAAAUCAUCUGGUGAAGACAGGGGUUCUAGUGAUAGCUCAGUUCAUGAAGGGAAUAAUUCCGGAGAAAGAUAUGCUUACGUACAAGGAUUGAGGGGGAAAAUCCUAAGUCAAGUGAGAAACCUCUCUGUGGAGGCAGGUGGUAAAGGUUCAACUAAGAAACAUCUUGGCAGUCAACGUAACUUGUUUCGUGAUAUUGUCGAAUUUCUUGAGGACGGUUACUGCCCAGAAACUUCAGUAAAGAUUGGUGGAGAUUUAGUAAACACAUCAACAUGGUCACAAUUGAUACAGUUAAAUUUUUUGAAGCGUUUCCUGGGAGAUGGAUUUCCCAAACAUAUGCAAGAAAAUGAGCUGCUCCACGAUGUCUUUGAGUUCACACCAAAGAAAAGACAAGUUUCAGCCAAUGAACAGCCUCUGACCAGUGGUCAAAAGAGAAUGUUCAAGUCACCAAAUUCUGUCUACAACAAGGCCAGGACUCAAUUUCUGAACAAGCAGCGUCAGUUAUCUCAGGAUAGGAAUGCUGGGCACUUUACAGUUGGUGGUGGGAGUGAAGAGGCCUAAAUGCAAUUUGCACAAAUUCUAGUUGAUGAUGUCUUCAGGACUGGAAAUUGCAAUAUUUUAAAUCAUAUAUAUGAUUCCCCCUUUUUAUGAUUUUGACAGACUAGUUCAAAUUUCUGGAAAAGCAAAUUAAGGACCAAGAUUUCCUUCAUCU